CAAACACAUAGCGGCGACCGGCGACGAGCGGAAGCCUUCCUCCAUCUUCAGGCUGCUAGUACUCAGUAGUCAGUACAGUACAGUGGUGCCGACGACAUGACGAAGAUCUCCCGCUCGUUGCUCGUCGUCAUCGCGCUGGUCCUCCUCGGCCCUCACCUCCCGCCAUCCGAGGCGCUGACGCCCAAGCAGGGCGUCAGGUCCAAGACCUUCCUGUCCCCGCCCAUCCUGCUUCGCCCGGGCGACGUGGCCGACAAGUUCUACUACGACAUCCCCUUCCCCCGGGGCCACCUGGCGCUCAAGAGCUUCAACGGCGAGGUGGUGGACGAGCGCGGCGCCCCCGUGCCGCUCCACGAGACGUACCUCCACCACUGGGUCGUGCAGCCCUACUACGCCCUGGUAGUAUCGGCGGAGGGCGGCAGCAGCCGGCCGCGGACCAUCCCGGCGCGCAACGCCGGCGUGUGCAGCGGCCACACGCUGGGCCAGUACUACGGGCUGGGGUCCGAGACCCGGCGCACGGCCACGUGGGUGCCCGACCCGUACGGCAUCGAGAUCGGCGACCCGGCCGCGGCGCCCGCCGAGGGCUACGAGCAGCGCUGGCUGCUCAACGUGCACGCCAUCGACACGCGCGGCGCCGCCGACCGGACGAUGGCGUGCACCGAGUGCCGCUGCGACGUGUACAACGUGACGGCGGACUGGCGCGGGCACGCCAUCGAGCCCGGGUACGCCGGCGGCCUGCGCUGCUGCUACGACGGCACGCGGUGCGGCGCCGCGGCGGAGGGGGCUGAGGGGAAGGCCAGGACUGUGUUCCUGCGCUACACGGUGAUGUGGCGCGACUGGAGCCCCGCGGCGGUGCUGCCCGUGCGGAUCUACAUCUUCGACGUGGCCGGCUGCGGCGUGGAGUACGACGUGGAGGAGCAGUGCAGCGGCGGCGCGGGCGGGGAGUGCGUGCACGUGAAGACGGCCACGCAGGCGCUGCCGCGGGGCGGCGACGUGGUGUUCGGCGUGGCGCACCAGCACGCGGGCGGCGCCGGCGCGUCGCUGCACGGCGCCGACGGCCGCCUGCUGUGCGAGUCCGCGGCCACGUACGGGGGCGGGCGGGAGGCCGGGGACGAGGCGGGCUACAUCGUCGGCAUGUCCACGUGCUACCCGCGCCCGGGCGCCGUCACGGUGCGCGACGGCGAGCCGCUCACCGUCGUGUCCAGGUACAGCAGCGACCGGCGCCACACGGGCGUCAUGGGCCUCUUCUACAUCCUCGUGGCCGACCACGCCCGGCAGCUGCCGCCGCAGGAGGGCCUGUGCUUCAGCUUCCCGGUCCCAUGGUGCCUACCGUCAUGGCUGUCGAGCAACCUGUGAGAUCUUUUGGUGUUGAAAGCUGGUGCUAUGUUCUAAUUAGCUGCUUGGUUAGGGUUCGGUUCGGGGCUGGUGAUGGUAGGGCAAAGCAAGGAAGGCCGCGUGGGUCCUUGCGUUACUCAUACAGUAGUAGUAAUGUAAAAAUAUAGAAGCAGCGGUCAGUCUACUCUGCUGUUGCUGUAUUAUACAAUAACCACGUCGCUCCCUCCGUUUGACUUCUCC